AUGAGUUUUUUUGCGAAGAUAUCUCAACUAAAGAAAGCUAGAAGCACCAAUAAUACUAUUAAAGCCAGCACAACCCAAAAUGUUCCCGAUAUAAGUAAAGAUCCACUUGACUAUGAGGCAACAUCGUUGCUACCAAAAAAUUAUAUCCGGGCAGAGGAUCCAUCCAUUAAAAUACUAAAGGAAAAGAGACGGCAAGAAAGACUAAAGAAUUCGUCGAAUUCAAACUCAAAGAAACGAAUUUCAGGUGCAACGUCGAAGAAAUCAAGUAAAACUGAUGACCAACCUAACUUUUCAACUAAGUGGAAACUACCGAAGCCGUCAAGCUCAGCGAACCAUGUUUCAAAGCCCAAAAUCACUGGCAAAAGGUUAACUUUUGAGGAACUUAAGAAGCAAGCUGAAGAAAGAGCUGGGUCCCGUGUAGUAGAAGCUGAAUCGCCAACCAGCUCCAUCGGCAGCAUUACAUCUACCCUAUCGAAACCAAAUUUCAAGCCAAAAAUGUCCAGAAAGUCAUCUAGUCCUAAUAAGGUAAUAAAGAAAAGGAGUUCAUCAAACGAAGGAUCUGUCAAGGCCAAGGUUUUGGAUAAAGAAGCCCAAGCAAGACCAAAGGUUCCCCCCAGUAUAGGUAUUGCAAAGCCCAAUGAGAAUCUUCGUAAAAUUUUGGAAAAGCGGAAGAACUUUUCCAAUUCGAAACGUCAUGAUGAGGACUGGUCAGAUUUAGAUGACUUCAUCGAUGAUGAUGAAGAGGCUGGCAGUGAAGACUACAAUAGAGAUGAAAUCUGGUCGAUAUUUUCCAAGGGUCGUAAAAGGAGGUAUGUUGAUGACUACGAUGACGAUAAGGGUAUUGAUGAUAUGGAAGCGAACGAGAUGGAGGUUUUAGAGGAAGAAGAUUACUCCGCACGGGUGGCUCGUAAAGAAGACAAGAUGGAGGAAGCUUGGCUACGAAAACACGAGAACGAGAAAAAGAAUCGGAAGAAGAAGAAGAAUUAA